AUGCUUCUAUCAACAGUCACCACAAGCCACAAGCUUAAAAGGUCGAUCGCCCACGAACAGUAUGAUGAACUCGAAGAAAGUAUCAUCUUCGAUAAGUCAGAUACCAACGGUUUGGUCUUCACUCACUAUGAUGCCCUUGUUAUAUGGAAAAACUAUUGGAAAACGGAUCCGUUAGGGAGUCAAAAUACCCCAAUGGGUCACCAACGUGGUCAUGGUGAAAAAGAAGAAUGGGAAAUGGUGAAUGCGCGUAGACUUCACAGAUUUGAUAAAGCAUGCCCCGAGGAUUCAUUUCCAUUACCUCAUACCGACCAACUCAUCGACGCAAUGAUCGGGCAUGUAUCGCUGAGCUUUUUGGACUCCUACUCGGGCUAUAAUCAGAUCCUCAUGGAAGAGAAGGCCAGGGAAAAACCACUUUCAUCACCCACCAGGGGACGUACCGCUACAGGGUCAUUCUCUUCGGGUUGA